AUGACUACCAGAGAUCUGGACGAUAUAGCGUCCGCGGAGAUCAAGAGGCUUGGGGCGAAGCCGUCCUUCAAGGGAUAUUUGGGAUUCCCCGCAACCAUAUGCGUAUCCGUCAACGAGGAGAUAGUACACGGGAUACCCGGUGAGCGGGUGAUCCGGGACGGGGAUAUGGUGAGCAUGGACGUGGGAGCGGUAGUGGAGGGAUUUCACGGCGACUCUGCCGUGACUGUGGGUGUGGGACAGGUCUCGCCGGAGGUGACUGCUCUCAUAGACGUGACUAGGGAAGCGCUGGAGAGGGGCAUUGGGGCAGCGCGCCACGGCUCUCGUGUGGGAGACAUAUCCUGGGCUGUGCAGUCCUAUGUGGAGAACAUGGGCUACUCAGUUGUUAGGGAGUACGUAGGCCACGGUAUCGGCAAGGCCCUCCACGAGGAGCCGCAGAUACCCAACUACGGCUCUCCCGGCAAAGGCCCUAUGCUGAGAAAGGGCAUGGUCAUUGCCAUAGAGCCAAUGGUCAACAUAGGUGGCUGGCAGACCAGGGUGCUGGAGGAUAACUGGACAGUUGUGACCGCAGACGGCAGUCUGUCGGCGCACUUCGAGAACACUCUUGCCAUCACAGAGGGUGAUGCAGAGGUGCUGACUCAAUUAUGA